AGCAUCAAAAGGAAAGAUCUUCCGGGGCGGAAUGCUGCAGAGAAUAGUGCACCCUAUUCGGCUGGGAUGCCACCGGCUCUCUUUGUCCCGGAAGCUCCAUCAAACUCCCAGGAGUUACAUUCCUCUCAUCCCUAUUGUAGUGGAACAGACGGGCCGUGGGGAGCGAGCCUAUGACAUCUACUCUCGCCUUCUGAGAGAGCGCAUUGUCUGUGUGAUGGGACCGAUUGAUGAUGGUAUUGCAAGCUUGGUCAUUGCACAACUGCUUUUCUUGCAGUCAGAAAGCAAUAAGAAGCCCAUUCAUAUGUACAUAAAUAGCCCAGGUGGUACAGUGACAUCAGGAUUAGCUAUUUAUGACACCAUGCAGUACAUCCUGAACCCCAUUUGCACAUGGUGUGUGGGACAAGCAGCCAGUAUGGGCUCUCUGCUGCUGGCUGCAGGAUCACCAGGCAUGCGCCACUCCCUACCCAACUCUCGCAUUAUGAUCCAUCAGCCCUCAGGUGGGGCCCGGGGCCAAGCUACAGACAUUGCCAUCCAAGCUGAGGAAAUCCUCAAACUGAAGAAACAGAUCAAUGCCAUUUAUGCCAAACACACCAAGCAGAACCUGGAUGUGAUUGAGGCUGCAAUGGAGAGAGAUCGUUACAUGAGCCCUGUGGAAGCCCAGGAAUUUGGCAUCUUAGACAAGGUGCUUGUUCAUCCUCCACACGAUGGUGAAGAUGAACCGGAGCUGGUACAGAAAGAGACUCCACCUGUACCAACUGUUUCCCCUUCCUCGGCUGAGCCCUAAGGGAUCUGUAGCCUUGUUUAGAUGCGUUGUGGCAUCAUGGAUUAUAAUAGUGAAGUGGAAAUGGAGCUGGUUGAUCAAACUCAACAACAGUUGCCAGGGAAUGUCCAUCUAACUAGCUCUUCUCUUAAGGAAUGCUCCAAAGAAGCCACUCAGCAAUGUUUGUAAAAGCCAGUCUUUUGACCUUUUCACUCUGGGAUCGUUGUUAUCCCAUCUGUGUUUUCUUUCCUAAUUCAUGGUAUUCUUUAAAUAGAUUUAAAUUAAACCUUGACUUGUAUGGUG